GAGUGUACUGGAAUUGAUAAAAAAUCGAUUGAAAAGCAUCUGAAAAUAACUAGGAAUACGACAGCACUAUUGGAGUCUAUUGGUUACAAUUGGAUUGUCUUUCCGAAUCCUGAAUUAAAAGAAGAGAUUAUUAGUGAAAGCAUGAACAAAAUAGAAAAAAUGAUAGAAACAUUUAUUAAAAGCUAG